AUGGGGCCGGGAGAAGAGGUUUCCAUAGAGACGGCAAACAAGGCGCACACUUGAGGGGCUGCCGCUGGACUACUACCCCCCCCCCCGUCGCCGCCAUGAUCCCCCCUGCGGACUCUCUGCUCAAGUAUGACACCCCGGUGUUGGUGAGCCGAAAUACGGAGAAGCGGAGCCCCAAAGCACGGCCGCUGAAAGUCAGCCCCCAGCAGCCUGGACCCUCCGGUCCAGUCCCCCAGCCACCCAAAACCAAGCUCCCCUCAACUUCCUGUGUCGCAGAUCCUACGAAGCAGGCAGAAGAAAUCUUGAAUGCCAUUCUGCCCCCAAGGGAGUGGGUGGAGGACACGCAGCUGUGGAUCCAGCAGGUGUCCAGCACCCCCAGCACCAGGAUGGACGUGGUGCACCUGCAGGAGCAGCUGGACCUGAAGCUGCAGCAGCGGCAGGCCAGGGAGACCGGCAUCUGCCCCGUGCGCAGGGAGCUGUACUCGCAGUGUUUUGACGAGCUGAUCCGGGAGGUCACCAUCAACUGUGCGGAGAGGGGACUGCUGUUGCUGCGAGUCCGGGAUGAGAUCCGCAUGACCAUCGCUGCCUACCAGACCUUGUAUGAGAGCAGCGUGGCCUUCGGCAUGAGGAAGGCGCUGCAGGCCGAACAGGGGAAGUCAGACAUGGAGAGGAAAAUUGCAGAAUUGGAAACGGAAAAGAGAGAUCUGGAGAGGCAAGUGAACGAACAGAAGGCCAAAUGCGAGGCCACCGAGAAGCGGGAGACCGAGAGGAGACAGGUGGAGGAGAAGAAGCACAAUGAGGAGAUUCAGUUCCUCAAGCGGACAAAUCAGCAGCUGAAGGCCCAACUGGAAGGCAUUAUUGCACCAAAGAAGUGAUAAUUUCCAUAUGGGUCUCGGCAAGCACUGCUACCCCAUCGUGCCCUGAGGGACUCUUAAGACCCCACCGCAAUGGCCCAUCUGGGCUGUCACUGUCGCGAGAAAGAACUGCUCACGGAGGUGUGCUCGUUCCAGGACUCCUGGGGCGUAACGCACACACGCCCAGUGUCCAGCUAACAGACUCGGCGAGGGACAACCGAAGUAGCUAUCACUUUCCCUUCGUAUUUUAAAGCCCAGACCGCGUACACUACAUCCUUGAGAUUUUCUUGUGUUUACGCUUCUAUUUCAAACUGCCAACUGCGAGUACAAGAGAGAGGCCGCUCUUCCCACGCUGUAGACCUCACCUCUGCCUCCGCCAGACGCGUGCAGGACAUGGCUGCGCUCCGGGGGAACCAAGGCACGCCAGGCGCCCCGUCACGGAAAGCCCUGGGGGCGGGCAGACCAUCUUCCCUAACACUGGUGACCACUUCAACCGUCAAACCUCAGAACAAAAGCACUGUGGCCUAAGAAAUGCCAACCGGGCAUGAAGAAAAUGAACACGGUUUCUA